UGCUCCAGGCCUUGCUGGGGACCUUCUUCACCUGGGGGAUGACGGCGGCCGGGGCUGCGCUUGUGUUCGUCUUCUCUAGCGGACAGGUGGCGAGAGCUGCUGAAGGCUUUCAGGGGUGUGAGGCCCCAAGAACCGAGGGAGGGCACCAGACCGCCUAACCCUGCUGUCUCACGCCAGCCACGCCCGUCAGCGGCAGAACAGCCGGCUGUCACCUUCACCAGUUUCUUUCGUGUUGAGAGGGGAACGCUUGGGCCUCCGAGGCCGGGCCUGGCUGCUGCAAGGGCCUUUGAGAGGCGGAUCUUAGACGGAAGCCUCGGCUUUGCCGCAGGGGUCAUGCUAGCCGCUUCCUAUUGGUCUCUCCUGGCCCCAGCGGUUGAGAUGGCCACGUCCUCCGGGGGCUUCGGGGCCUUCGCCUUCUUCCCCGUGGCCAUUGGCUUCACCCUCGGCGCUGCCUUCGUCUACCUGGCCGACCUCCUGCUGCCUCACCUGGGUGCGGCAGAAGACCCCCAGACGGCCUUGGCGCUGAGCUUCGACCCUGCACUGAUGAAGAAGUCGGACCCCGAGGGUCCCGGGCUGCUGUUCCCUGAGAGUGAACUCUCCAUCAGGAUAGGUAGCGCUGGGCUUCUUUCAGACAAGAGCGAGAACGGCGAGGCGUACCAGAGGAAGAGGGCGGCCGCCCUUCCCGGGGGGCCCGUGGCCCCCGCGGGGCCCCCCGGGGCCCUGGCACCGACCGGUGGCAGCUGGCGGAGGAUCGUGCUGCUCAUCCUGGCCAUCACCAUCCACAACGUGCCAGAGGGUCUUGCUGUCGGAGUUGGAUUUGGGGCCGUGGAAAAGACGGUGUCUGCCACCUUCGAGAGCGCCAGGAACUUAGCCAUUGGAAUUGGGAUCCAGAAUUUCCCGGAGGGCCUUGCUGUCAGCCUGCCUUUGCGAGGGGCUGGCUUCUCCACCUGGAAAGCCUUCUGGUACGGGCAGCUCAGCGGCAUGGUGGAGCCUCUGGCCGGGGUCUUCGGGGCCUUCGCCGUGGUGCUGGCCGAGCCCAUCCUGCCCUACGCGCUGGCCUUUGCCGCGGGCGCCAUGGUCUACGUGGUCAUGGAUGACAUCAUCCCCGAGGCGCAGAUCAGCGGCAACGGGAAGCUGGCGUCCUGGGCCUCCAUCCUGGGGUUCGUGGUGAUGAUGUCCCUGGAUGUUGGCCUGGGCUAGUGCUGGCUCACGGGGACCCAGGACCGGCAGCGCCAGGAGCGGCGGCGGCGGGCGGCGGGGGGAGCGCCUGCCCCCCCUUCACGUUAGCACCCUUUUCCUUUCUCCCCUUUCCUCCCUUCUCUGAUUGACUCUGAUUAUGACCAUUUCUACUUUUUCUUUUGCGGGAGAUACUGGUUUUAGUUGCAAUUUCAAGGUGUCGCGCAAGUCCACACAUCUUGCUUGGCCGCUCGACGGACGCUUUCUUCAGUGGGAUUUCCGGGACCAUCCGGAUCGGGGAAGGUUCUGCUUCCAUGCCUCCACGCUCCCCUGCUGGACUCAGGGCAGCUCUUCCGGGUCACCUGCGGCAGCAAGCCCAGGAGGGAAAUGAGGCAGGACUGCAGGUGCUGCGGGCCUGACCCUCAGGACACCUCUCGCCGGCCUCUCCGAGGUCGGGGAGGGAUCGGGCACGCCACGUCCCUGCUUCCCGAGGCCCCAGGAGGGACCGUCCCUGUCUUCCUGCAGAGGGAGAUACUAAGCGCGCGGGAGGAACACAGGCGCAGGGUGGGACCUCAGCUGGUCUCUCAAGGCAGAGACAAGCGCUGUCGGCGUUAAGGGAUUGAGGACGAGGUGAAGACAACAGGCAGAGGAACGUCCGUGGCCUGAUGGGGCCCUGCUGAGUGUGGAGUCCAAGAGCAGAGCAGUUUGUCAUAGUCUCCAAAUCCCCUAGACAAUUAUUUUGACGAGCUUCUGGCCUUCAUUUUUUUCUCAGAGGCUGGGGGACGCGAGCAGACCGCUGCGGCCCACACGCUUUACUGAGUUGUGGGGGAAACGGCUGCCGCGAACCCGAGUCAGUGGAAGACACUGGAACCCACCCUAGGUCUCAGUCCUCACCCUGUUGACCGCCCGGUGACUGGUGACCUGACCCAGAACCUCAAACAGCAGCAGCAGGCUUCCCUGGAGCUUGGCCAGAGAGCUUAGGACGAGAAAGGAAGGGGUAGGGAGAGAGAUUUUUGAGUUUCCCUUCUACAGAAAACUUUGGCCACGUGAGCAUUCUGAAAUGCCAAAAGGGUGACUUGAAGCGGAGCAGAGGCCACCCACUCCGGCACACACAGCUUCAGCAGCGGGGCGACGAGACCCGUCUGCUCCACGCACAGCGAGGCCUGCCGUGCUCAGCCGUCAGAGGGGACGUGCACCUUGCCUGGGCUCCGCUGUGCGCUGGCCCGGAGCCAGGCUCCAGGCACAGGUCACCCACGUCUGCCCGCCGCGUUUACAUGUUUCACUGCUUCGCAGGGCGGCACUCUGUGAGUGCGCUAAGACCCCACGGCCAGCUCUUGCCGGGCCUGGGUCUGUUCUUCCAAAGUUCUGAGCAUCAACAUUGAAGACACGUUCAAAAGUUUGGUUGGUCAAGAUUAACUGGUUUGGUGGUUGGUGUGUGUGUAUUUCUUUGUCUUUGUGUGUCGUUCUCCAUAAGGCAGACUGCUUUCUGAGGGACGAGACCUCAUAACUGUGAUGAAUACCAAUAAAGGGCAGAUUGUGGAUGA